CACCAAUAGCACCUACCCUCUUUCCAACCCGUUCUUCUCCCGUCCUUAUCUUGCCCUUGACAAUGGAGUCACCCAGACCGCAGAUAUCUAUCAAGUAACAUUUGUGCUUCUUGAAGAGGUCGAUAUGAGGUCCAUCGCGCUCCGGGCAGCUCGGGGCUGCCUUCGUGGCCAGUUCACGCCAAGCUUGCCCUGCAGGAGAGCUGCCCAGGGCUCGAGGAGCUUAUCAGUAACCGCUGCAAGGAGGGACGAAGAAAGGCAGUGGUCCACUCCACUGGCGAAACAGCUUGCCGAAGCCAUCUCAGCAACCGGGCCAGUGCCGCUGGCGAGCUAUAUGCGCAUGUGUUUGACUGCUGAUGUAGGCGGCUACUACACUGGUGCCAUUGAGGAGGGCCGAGAUCAGUUUGGUGUGAAGGGCGAUUUCGUCACCUCUCCCGAGAUCUCACAGGUGUUUGGAGAGCUCAUUGGUGUCUGGUUUGUGGCCGAGUGGCUAGCCCAAGGACGCCAGAAGCAAGGCGUUGAGCUCAUCGAGAUUGGCCCUGGUCGGGGCACUCUCAUGGCCGACAUGCUGCGUACCAUCCGUCACUUCAAGGACAUGUCUCAGAGCAUCGAUGCCAUCUACAUGGUAGAGGCGAGUCCCACGCUCCGGAUGGCUCAGAAGAACCUUCUUUGUGGCGAGGAUGCACCAAUGACCGAGUCCAAGGUUGGCUAUCACAGCAUAUGCAAAUCGACAUCGUUGCCGAUUGUGUGGACUGAGACUAUCAAGUCCAUUCCCAUCGGCCCAGAAAAGAUGCCCUUCAUCGUCGCCCACGAGUUCUUCGACGCCCUUCCCAUCCACGUCUUCCAGUGCGUGGACGAGCCGGCCACUCAGAAGUCGCCAGCGGCCUCGACCGACAGGUCUUCGCCGUCGUCCAAGACCAGCCAACCCACCCUCCAGUGGCGGGAGAUGCUGGUAUCACCCACUCCGCCGGGAUCCACCCACUCCAGCCUCGGCACCCCGCCCUCCCAGUCGCGCUCGACUCCCCCGCCAGACUUCCAGCUCACCCUAGCCCGAACCCCGACCCGCCACAGCCUGUACCUCCCCGAGUCCUCGCCGCGGUACCGCGCCAUCCGCUCGCGCACCGGCCCGGGCGCCCUCAUCGAGAUCUGCCCCGACGCGUCCCUAUACGCGGCCGACCUCGCCGCGCGCGUCGGCGGCUCGGCCGCGCACCCCAAGCCCCGGCCCUCGGGCGCGGCCCUCGUCCUCGACUACGGGCCCGGCGACGGCUCCGUGCCCGUCAACUCGCUGCGCGGCAUCCGCCGCCACGAGCGCGUCAGCCCCUUCGCCGAGCCGGGCCUCGCCGACCUCAGCGCCGACGUCGACUUCGCCGCCGUCGCCGAGUCCGCGCUGCGCUCCUCCGCCGCCGUCGAGGUCCACGGCCCCGUCGACCAGGCCGACUUCCUCGGCGCCAUGGGCGGGCGCGAGAGGGCCGAAGCGCUGGCCCGCGCGGCGCGGGGGCGCGGCGCCGCCGACGCCGAAGUGGCCGACGUUGAGAGGGCGUGGAAGAGGCUCGUCGAUCGCGGGCCCGGGGGCAUGGGGAGGCUGUACAAGGCAUUGGCCAUCGUGCCGGAGAACGGGGGGAGGAGGCGGCCGGUUGGCUUUGGCGGCGAUGUCGAGGCUUAGAUAGUAGGAUCUAUCUCUCCGUGUAUUUAGGUAAUCCAUCCGUCGUUGAGGUGGACAGGGGACAGGGAACCUUGUGUGUUUCUCUAGGAACGUACGUUCAUGAGGGGGAGCUAGCUACUGUAUGAUAAAACGUCUCAUUCACAUAACACAAUUAGCUUCGGUUGAGAAAACUCCUCACGGACACCUAUACGAUGGUCCCCAGACGUCGUAUUGAAAAAAU